AUGGCGCUUAAAGCUUAUCAGCUAAAAGCUUAUCAGCUAAAAGCUUAUCAGCUAAAAGCUUAUCAGUUUAAAGCCUAUCAGCUUAAAGCUUAUCAGCUUAAAGCUUAUCAGCUUAAAGCUUAUCAACCUAAAGCUUAUCAGCUUAAAGCUUAUCAGCUUAAAGCUUAUCAGCCUAAAGCUUAUCAGCUUAAAGCUUUUCAGCAUAAAGCUUAUUUGCUUAAGACUUAUCAGCUUAAAGCUUAUCAGCUUAAAGCUUAUCAGCUUAAAGCAUAUCAGCUUAAAGCUUAUCAGCUCAAAGCUUAUCAGCUCAAAGCUUAUCAGCUCAAAGCUUAUCAGCAAAAAGCUUAUCCGCUUAAUGCUUAUCACCUUAAAGCUUAUCAGCUUAAAGCUUAUCAGCUUAAAGCUUAUCAGCUCAAAGCUUAUCAGCAAAAAGCUUAUCCGCUUAAUGCUUAUCACCUUAAAGCUUAUCAGCUUAAAGCUUAUCAGCUUAAAGCUUAUAAAGCUUAUCAGCUUAAAGCUUAUCAGCUUAAAGCUUAUCAGCUUUAA